CCUAUCUUGUACAGUGUACACCACUAACAACAUUUUUCCGGGAGAUUUUUACCAAGGCGAAAACGUUUUUACUUCUUACGGAUUAAAAAUAAAAGAAAGCACAAGCAAUGGACUUUCAGAACCGCGCCGGCGGCAAGACCGGCAGCGGAGGCGUUGCCUCCUGGUCGGAGACAAACCGUGACCGCAAGGAGCGACUGCGUCAACUGGCCCUGGAGACCAUCGAUCUGAACAAAGAUCCCUAUUUUAUGAAGAACCAUCUGGGAUCAUACGAGUGCAAAUUGUGUCUUACGCUGCACAACAACGAGGGCAGCUAUUUGGCUCACACGCAGGGUAAGAAGCAUCAGGAAAAUCUGGCCAGAAGAGCUGCCAAGGAGGCCAAGGAAGCGCCUUCAUCACUGCUGGCACCCGAAAAGCCCCGCGUGGAACCGAAGAAGUUCGUCAAGAUCGGACGACCCGGAUACCGGGUGACCAAGCAGCGCGAACUUAGUAACGGCCAGCAGUCGUUGCUCUUCCAAAUUGACUAUCCAGAAAUCACGGAGGCCAUCGUUCCUCGUCAUCGCUUCAUGUCCGCCUACGAACAGAAGAUAGAGCCACCAGACCGUAAAUGGCAGUACCUUCUCUUCGCGGCUGAGCCAUACGAAACCAUUGGAUUUAAGGUGCCCUCCCGAGAAGUCGAGAAAAGCGAGGGAAAGUUUUGGACGCAUUGGAACCGGGAUACCAAGCAGUUCUUCCUGCAGUUCGCAUUUAAGUUCGAGCCUAAGAUCAUGCCGCCACCACCGCCGAAUCUACAUAGGGCGCUUGGACCACCUGGUGGUUUUCCAAUGCCGGGACCUCCACGUCCCGCCAUGCAUCCAAUGUUUAAUGGUGUGCCUCCACCGCCACCCAUCUAAAAAAAUCAACCUAUCUGACAGGUGUGUUUUUUGGUAUCCUUCGGAGUCGUUAUUGUGAUACACCAAAGUCAAGGUAAUCACUACACUAUGAAAGUCUACAUAAACAUACCCAUAACACUUCAAAUAAUAAAUAAUUUUUACUUAAUACAACUUA